CGCGGGCCGCCGGGACUGUCCACGCGGCCUGGAAGGCGCGGGUGGUGGGAAAUGUGGAAUGUGUCAAAAUUAAGAAGCCUUUGCAGCGUGUAAAACUGCCCCUUGGCAAAAGCUCAUCUGUCUACACGGAACCCAGUUUGAGUCAAACCACAACGCUUGUUAGGAGCUACAUCUGCUCUGGUGGGAGAGGAUCAGCAAAUGAGCAGCGAGGAAGGUUUCAACAUGCUAGGAAAUAGUGUCAUGACCUCUGCUGGCAGAGGAAAGUUCUCAACCAAUUUUAAGGCUCAGAGUAAUGAAAACUUAGCUGUAAAGCCCUCUCUGCAAAGAGGCUUCUCACUAAGUUGUGCAAAUCAAGAAGUACUCACUUCUGAAAUCUCUGGUGCUCUUAAAGUUACUGAAGAACCUCAGGCACAGAUUUUAAACCCUGAUCUAGAGAUACCACAUCAAGCCAAAGUCACAUCAAUACCACUAUCUUUUUUCCCAUCUAAACUACAGCAACUGCUGUCAGCUGCAGAGAGAAAGGUCUCUGAAGCAAGGCAAGCUACAGAAACACAAUCGGUAAUUUACAUAUGGCCAGUAAUAAAGAUGCAAGAGAGUUCCAGAUCCUUCUGGCACAAUUUUUCAAAGUCUUUAAUACCAAGCAGCCCAGACUUAACAAGACGCUGUUCUAGUCCUGAUGUAACUGAAGAGGAGAAAAGUUCCCAAAUAACCCCAGUGAAAAAGCUUGCACAAGAAGAGCCAGAUGAAAAGACAGCAAGAUCCUAUCCUCUUAUUGUAAAGUCAUCUAACAAUUCUGUUUCAGAAAUUUUAAAGUCAUUCACCAAUAUCAAGAAUAAGGAUUACAAGAAUAUAUUAACAAUUAGUCCUAUAGAAGAGCAACAGGAAAUUCCUCUCUUUAAGGGAAAUGCUCUAAUGAUCUAUAAUGGUCAAGUCUACCUUCUAUAUGUAAUGAGGCAUGAAGAUGUGGCAGCAGAAAUGAAAAUAUCUGGCCACCAUAUGCUGUUUAUGAAGACCAUCUUUUGGCUCAUUACAUGUCGUUCUGUCCGUAAACUAACAUUCCAAGUUUCACAUCCGCGGCUGUUGAGAGAGGAUGGUGUGAAACAGAACAUAAAAUGUCUUACAACCUGUGCUACUCCCACACUCCAAAAGAAAACAUCAAAUGAAACACAUUUCUCUUCACACGAGAUGACUGCAAUCUCUCAGCCCGAGAACUGUUCCCCUCUUGCUGGGAAAAGGCAGCAGGUGGUAAACCAUGAUUAUCAGUUCCUCAGCCAGACUGCAUUCCCAUUGAAAGAAGAAUUGCAAAAAAGAAAUUAUGAGGAAGCACGUCAGGAUAAAGACAAGGAAAUAAGAAAGAAAUUUGGUCUUGUUAAAGGUGUAAGAGUUGUUCUCAACAGGCUAAAUGCCUCUGAGCUUAGGAAAUGGAUUGCUUAACCUUCUGCGCAUAAAAAGAAAGGUAACCAUUAAGACAGAGAACUGAUGGAAGUGGUACACAUACUUACCACUCUGUACACAGUUAUGGAGUAUACUUCACCUUGAAGUAUUUAUUACACAGCAUCAGUAUAAUUUUCAAAGUUUUUGAAUGUUUAACCCCGAAACAUAAAACAUCUUUUGUUAGAGAACCUCACCACAGCUACUUCUAAAAUGUCACAAUCUGGUGCUUCCCCCCUCUCCCCCAGCACUUUCUCCAAAAACUGCAGAUAAAAUGCCAGCUAGUGAUUAAGUAUUUAGUGAUUCUGCCUUCUCUUUGGCAUGCAUACAACUGCAACUGAAACUAGAAAAAGUGCCUGCUGACCUCGUACUGGUAGCAAUGGUUUGCAGUCUGUCUGCCAACAUGUCUUGUAGGCAGAAACAGGAAGCUCUUCAUACCUGUGCUGGGCUCUUUCUGGUUUGAGCAUUGCUAUUCAUUUCAAGUGAAGGUGCUGGAAGCACAAACCACAUGUUUAUAGUCACUGGCCUGCUUUUGAGAAAAUCUUGCCCCAUGGCUUUGCUUAGAAGUAUUAUUUGGCAGUUUUGCCUGGUAUCAUUAGAGCCUCUGGGAACAGGUGUUUGCUUUCUCUAAUCCCUGACAUUUUCAGAUUCACCUCUUGUGUCCAUUUUUUAUUUUUUUACAACAAAGCUCUUAGGAUUUUUUCAGCAGGGAGACUGGGUAUGACUUUCCAGAAUCCUGUGUCGUUUCAGUAUACCUUUGUUCAAGUUGUUACUCUGCAGAUUAAUUAGUGAUCAAUAAUGAAUCAGCACUUCUUCUCCAUCUAUCUUAUAUUCAGCACUUAUAUUACUAUCUUGUAUUCAGCACUAAACUUCCAUUUCUGUCAACUGGAUUUUAAACCAUCAUCACCCAACCUUUCCAAGAUCUUUGAGAAUAGUCUGGUUUUGUUGUCUCUAAAUGAGAGCAUCAUUGGCAUACCCUCAGCAUUCAUGAAAAUAUACUGUAUCUUGUUGUGAAAUAUUUUGAGGUCAGGUAGAGGAAAACUCUCCAUAGAAUGUAUUUUAAAAAAUGCAGGUACAACUCCUGGAUUAGGGAUUUUUUUUUUCCUUUGUGCUAGUAUUCAAAUGAAAGUAAGAAAAUUAGUAUUGGCUGUCAUUUCUCCUAAAAUUUCCUUCCCACUAAAUACACCAAGGCAGACCCUUAGGAUAAUCAAAUCUUUAUGGUGUUUCUCCAUCUAUACAUCUUAUAAUUUCUCAACAUGUGUUGCAGAAAUCAAAUAAGAUCAAAUACCUAGGAAAAUAUUUAAUGUUUGGCUGUUUUAUAUAAAUGCUUCCACUUGCUGGACUGCUACUGAGAAGUUUCAGUUACACCAGUGUUAGUAGUUCUCAUUAAUCUCAACUGUUAUUGUGACUGCUUUUCAAUAUUUCCUGCUGCCGUGUCUUUUCCUUUGCAGAAUGCAUUAGUUUUGUUACAUCCUGUGAUUUCACACACACUGUG